UCCGCGGGUCUGGCUCCAGCCCCCGGGCUCUCCUCCCGCGCGGGGCCUGGCGCGGAGCGGGCCGCGGGCGCUGCUCCGGCUGCCUCCGAUCCAAAGCGUUUUUGGCUGGGAUUUCUGUCCUCGCCGCCUCAGGUUCUGCUCCAGCGCCCUCCCGGUCCCGAGGCGGCGGCCUGCAGUGGUGCCCGCUGCCCCUUUGGGCGUGCACUGUGUUUUAGGAAACACAAACUCUGUGCUCGCUGUGAGAAGGAGACGUCCGAUGUGCAGGAGGAGGUGGCUCCAUGUGAGCCGUCCCUCGCGUUCCUCCAGGGCAGGGAUGGGCUGGGGGCACUGCCGGGGCUCAGCCGCUCCUCGCCCUCAUCAGAGGGGCCGGGACAGAAGGGGAAGGGAUAAAAGGCACAAACUCGGCCGCUGCCAUAGAGAGGGUUUAACAGGUCAGAAGCUGUGCGGACAAGCAGAGCGGAAGAAGGAAGGCCUUCCCGUGGGUUCAGCCAUCUCCGAUAGUAAUGGUCACCAUUAUUGGGAACACCAGUGCCACACCCCCAUCUUCCUCUGCCCCCUUUCUGUCUGGAGCACGGUGUCCUUUGCUCUGGGGUCUCCCUUCAGUCCUUGGGUCGCUGCCCCAGCUGUGUCUCCUCCCUGCUGUGCCCAGCAGAAAUCCAAAGCAGCCCCAGCUCAGCCCCUGGGGAGAAAAUGAACAGCCCGGACAGAGCCAGCGGGGCACGCCAUGGCUGAUCAACUCCAAAAUGUUACCUCAAAAUCCGUGCCAACUUUACAAAUGUUUAUUUCUGAGUAACUUGAAACUGAACUCAGUAAAUGUGGCUGGUUUGGCCAGAAGGAUCCAUUCUUCAUCAGAAAAGCUUUCUGACUCUGAGUCAGAGGAACAAACUGUCCAGAAAUGUGAAACUGAAGAGCUGCCUCAAAAUACAGAGAACAGUAAUUCUGGAAGAUUGCACGUACCAGUGAUGCUGGAGGAGGUUGUUAAUUGUUUAUCCCCUCAGCCAGGUCAGUGUUUCCUGGAUAUGACAUUUGGAGCUGGAGGUCACACAGCAGCUCUCCUGGAGAGAGCCAGAGACAUCACAGUGUAUGCCCUGGACAGGGACCCCACAGCCCACAGCAUAGCUCAGCAGCUGGCAGCAGCCUACCCGAACCAGCUUCAGCCUCUCCUGGGAAGGUUCAGCCAGUCAGAGGCUUUGUUAAUCUCGUCUGGGGUUGAGCCAGGCACUCUGGAUGGAGUUCUCCUGGAUGCUGGCUGUUCUUCCAUGCAGUUAGACACACCUGAAAGAGGCUUUUCCCUGCAGAAGGAUGGGCCCUUGGACAUGAGGAUGGAUCAUGACAGGUGCCCUGCUAUGGCCACGGCUGCUGAUGUGGUGAAUGCUCUGGACCGGCGGGCGCUGACAGCGGUGCUCAGCGCGUACGGCGAGGAGAGGCAUGCCAGGAGGAUCGCUUCUGCCAUCGUGCAGGCACGCAGCAUCUACCCCAUCACCAGCACCAGGCAGCUGGCAAGCAUUGUGGCAGGUGCUUUCCCAGCAUCGGCGCUCUACGCACGGAAGGACUUGCUUCAGAGACCCGUGCAUGUUGCUACUAAAACUUUCCAAGGCCUGAGGAUAUUUGUGAAUGAUGAGCUCCAUGAACUCCUGAUAGGGCUGAAGACAGCUGAGAAGUUCCUGAGGCCUGGAGGUCACCUUGUGGCCCUGUCCUUUCAUUCCCUGGAAGAUCGAAUCAUCAAACGUUUCCUUCAUGGCAUUGACAUGACAGAGAAACACAACCUUGGCUCAAAGCAGAAGAUCAGACAGGCUCUGAAAAAUGCCUCCAGAGGAGAAGACACUCAAGGAUCUCCCUGUGGAAAAUCCAACUCCAAGUGGAUUUCUAUACAGAAAAAAGUUCUCACACCCCAGGCCAAGGAUAUCCAAACAAACCCAAGAGGAAGGUCGGCUAAGCUAAGAGCUGCUAUUAAACUCUAAACCAAAAUACAUGAUUACAUGAUUGUAUCAUUUCCAGAAAUUCUAUUUUCCAGAAUGCUAACUGGACAGAUAUUGUCAAACUGAAAAAAUAAAAUCAAGGCUGUGAGAAAACA